CGUAAUUAGUCAUCCAUAUAGGCGUUGGUUGUUGAGUGACGAUCAGUAUAACUCUUGGAAUUGAUAACCACUUGUCAAACCAAUGAGCUCAUUCGUAAUUCUUCAGCGUGUGUGUCAUUAACAUUGAUUAAUUUUAAAAUUCUUGUAUACACCCACGUUCUUUGCGGAAAUUAUUGAAUGUAUCAGAAAUUUAUUGUACAAUGAGGAUUGUGUUGUGUACUGUACUUAUGUUUGACUUUUACUAACUGUAAUCAAUCAGUUGUCAAUUUCUGUUCUCAUCCACAGUUUCUCUUAUGUUGUAACCUGUACUGUUGAUGGCUAAUCUUAGGAUUAGAAAAAUGUGUUCCACAAAACAAAUGCUAGCAAGCUUAUUGCUGGCUUUGUCUGCUAUUCUCCAAGUAAAUGCUAUUGUGCCGUCACCGCCGCGCAUCGUGAAACAGCCGCCGACCGACGAGCUGCUGUUCCAGGUGGCGUCGCAGCAGAACGAGAACGACAAGCCGUUCAUCAUUGAGUGCGAGGCGGAGGGUGAGCCGGCGCCCAAGUACCGCUGGAUCAAGAACGGCAAGCACUUUGAUUGGCAGGCCUACGAUGACCGUAUCAGUCAGCAGCCGGGUCGCGGAACGCUGGUUAUAUCGUCGCCACGCGAUGAGGAUCUCGGCCAGUACCAGUGCUUCGCAGAUAACGAGUGGGGUACGGCAACGUCUAACUCAGUGUUUGUUCGCAAAGCUGAGCUGAACUCGUUCAAGGAAGAGCUGCCUGUCACGCUUACUGCCAGCGAGGGAGAGCCAUUCAAGCUCACCUGUCAGCCACCUGACGGAUGGCCCAAGCCCAACGUGUACUGGCUCAUACAGAACGCUGAGAACGGCGGAAUCAGAAGCAUCAACAAUUCGCGUAUGACUCUCGACCCGGAAGGAAACCUGUGGUUCACCAAUGUCACCCGUUUGGACGCCAGCAUCGACUCAUACUAUUCAUGCGCCGCCUCCUCGCUGUUCAGGAACGAGUACAAGCUGGGCAACAAGGUGCUGCUAAAGGUGACGCAGACGGGGUCAUCGGCGGCUCAGAACCGACAUCCGCCCAAGCAGCAGUAUGUCACCAAGAAGAACGAAGUCGCUCUGCGUGGCAGCAAGGUCGAGUUGUACUGCAUUUUCGGCGGAACACCUUUGCCGCAAACGGUGUGGAGCAAAGACGGUCGCACGAUAAUCUCGUCGGACCGAGUGUCACCGGGCAACUACGGCAAGAGUCUGAUCAUCAAACACGUGACCUUCGAAGACAUGGGCAAGUACGCCUGUGAGGUGAGCAACGGGGUGGGCGAGGCCAAGUCCUACUCCAUCGAUCUCAAGGUCAUCGCCAAGCCGUACUUCACAGAGGAGCCAGACCUGAUCAAUGCUGCCGAGGAUGAAACAAUUGAGUUCAAAUGUGCCGCCUCAGGUGAACCCAAGCCUCAGAUCGAGUGGAUCCAUAACGGCAAGCCCAUAUCGCAAGCGCCGCCUAAUCCACGCCGAAAGGUGACUACCAACACGAUUGUGAUUGAGAAGUUGCAACGUAAGGAUACGGGCAACUAUGGGUGCAACGCCACCAACUCACUCGGAUAUGUCUACAAGGAUGUCUAUGUUAAUGUCUUGGCUCUGGCGCCGGAAAUCACAAUCCCGCCGAAGGACGAGUCGACAGUGGACGGUCGCACGAUUGUGCUGACAUGCCGUGUGUUCGGGGCUCCCAAGCCGGAGGUGAAAUGGCUGCGAGCUGGCAUGGAGUUGACCGGUGGACGCUACACUGUGCUCGAGACUGGUGAUUUGGAAAUCAGGGAAGUGAACUUCAUUGAUGCCGGGCAGUACACCUGCUAUGCUUCCAACAAAUUCGGAAAUGCCGAAGCGUCCGGUAGCUUGAACGUCAGAGAGCACACACGCAUCACAGACGAGCCGGAGGACUACGAGGUGGCAGCUGGCAACACGGCCACCUUCCGCUGCACGGCCGUGUCCGACUCGAGUCUAGAUCUGACCAUCAGCUGGCUCAACAACGGUAACGAGAUCGACUUUGACUCGGAGCCGCGAUUCGUCAAGAGCAACGACUACAGUCUCACCAUCACCAAGACCAACGAGCUCGAUUCGGGCACCUACACCUGUGUGGCGCGCACCGAACUCGAUCAGGCGCAGGCGCAGGCCACCCUCACUGUCCAAGACCGACCGAACGCGCCGAAAUUCCUGGGCGUGGUUUGCAACAAGCUGGACGCUUCCAUCCAAUGGGAGCCCGAGGGUGACAACCGAUCGCCCAUUCUGCGCUACUCGAUCCAGUACAACACCUCCUUUACGCCCGACACCUGGGAACUCGCUUCCGAUUCGGUGCCUGCCACCGAUACCACCUACACUGUGCCUAUGAGCCCGUGGGCGAACUACACGUUCCGCGUGACAGCGUUCAACAAGAUCGGCGAAUCUUUGCCGUCGUCUCACUCUAGCGUGUGCACCACCCAGGAGGAUGUGCCGCACAAGAACCCCGACAACGUGGAAGGCAAGGGCACCGAGCCCACUAACCUGGUCAUCACAUGGACUCCGAUGCCAAUGAUAGAGCACAACGCGCCCAAGUUCAUGUACCGCGUCUACUGGAAGAAGGACAUACCGGGUCAGGCGUGGCAAACGGAUGACAUCAUCAACUGGAAACAGGCGCAGUAUGCUAUCAACAACCAGGAGACAUUCCAGCAGUACAAGAUCAAGGUGGUCGCGCUCAAUGCCAAGGGAGAGUCUAAUGUCACGCCCAAGGAGGUGGUGGGGUGGUCGGGUGAAGACGUUCCUCUACAACCACCAACCAACUUCACCCUGGUGCAAGUGGCGACCAGCUCGAGCGCCCUACUUAACUGGAAUCCCGUUCCACCGGAAACUGUCAGAGGUCAUUUCAAAGGCUACAAGAUUCAAACGUGGACAGACAAGGACGGCGAGGAAGGCAUGAAAGAGAUCUACGUGAAGGGCGACACGACUCGAUCGUUGGUGUCCAAGUUCAUGCCGCACUCGAAGAACUAUGCCAGGGUGCUCGUCUACAACUCUCAGUACAACGGGCCGCCCAGCGACAUUCUCAGCUUCGACACGCCCGAAGGAGUGCCAGGCACAGUGCAAUCGCUGGAGGCGGUGCCCAUGGGUUCGUCGGCGCUCUACCUGGUGUGGAAGAAGCCCGAACAGCCAAACGGCAUACUGACCGGCUACAAAAUUUACUAUCAGACGGUGAAGGGUACCAAGGUGGGGAUUCUGAACGAACGCAACCCGGCAAUAUCCGAUCCAAGGCAGACGCGGGCCAAGCUGGCCGGCCUCGAGUCGGGCACCAAGUAUCGCAUUCAUAUCAAGGCCACUACUCAGGCUGGCGAGGGUGAAGGGUAUUUCAUCGAGCAACGCACCCGUGCCUCGCAGUCAGCGCCGCCCGACAUUCCUCGCUUCACGUGGGCUCGCCUGCCCUCCGACAACGGCUAUGCCAAGAUCAAGGUGGUCUGGCAGCCUAACCUAGAAGGCAAGCCCGGAUCGCAUUUCUUCGUCAAGUACAAGUUGAAAGACGAAACGAUGUAUUCGGAGUCUGCCAACACACUGGACGAGGACUACACAAUCAUCAGGUCUCUGAAGCCGGGUGAAACCUAUGAGUUCAGAGUGGUGGCGGUUGAUGGGGAGUACAUGACUGAGUCAGAACCAGAGGAGAUUGACACCUACACUGUCGACGGGCCAAUAAUCCAGCCGAAAGAGAACGUGGCAACAGCGGGCUGGUUCAUAGGCAUGAUGUUGGCAAUCGCCUUCCUGCUGCUGGUGCUGAUCCUGGUGUGCAUAGUGAAGCGCAACCGCGGAGGCAAGUACGCCGUCCAUGAGAGGGAGGCGGCUCACGGUCGUCACGACUACCCCGACGAACCAGGGUUCAUGGAGUACUCGCAGCCUUUGGACAACAAGUCGCACGGACGUGGGUCGAUGAGUAGUGACCCGAAGGCAGCUCCAGAGAGCGACACUGACUCGAUGGCCGAGUACGGUGAAGGAGACACAGGACGUUUUACCGAAGACGGCUCGUUUAUCGGGCAGUACGGACCAAACAACGGUAAAAAGAAACAGGAAGAGCAGCCUUCUCCUUCCGCCAUUGCUACCUAUGUGUAGUAAACGUUAAAAUACCAAAAAACAAAACAAUGAAUUAACUCUCAGCCAAGCGAACACUCGUUUAGUGCUUUUCCUUCUCAACGAUGAAAACAUAAGAGAAACGCGCAAGUGCUUAUUCAUUAUCUUCUUCUACUACUUCACACGGCUGUUCAUUGAAUGUUUCUCUUUGUUCCUGCUUUCGAAUGGAGAAAGGUGAAAUGUGCACAAAUUUGAUCAUUUUACGAUAGCUUUAUUCCUCAUAGAACAACAACUCAGUUUCUACUUAUGUUUCAACUAGUUUAUUAUGCGGGUUCUCAACUAGUUUAUAAACUAGGUGUUUUCAACUAGUUGAUCAACUAGUUAAUCAACUACUUAUCUAAACUAGUUCAUCAACUACUUAUUUAAACUAGUUAAUCAACUGGGUUUUAUCAACUUUCAACUAGUUUGAAUUUUCAAGUGUGACUUUUAAGAAAGUAGCUAAUUCCCUCUAGUUGAAAUUUGUUGAAAAUCUAGUUUGAUCACUAAAUGAAGCACACACACAAAUCUGACUAAAUAGAGGUAAUACCUUGUAGCAAUAAUAAGUUUUAACCGUUCCGCCCUAUUGAUUUGUUAUGAUAUUUUAUCGUGAAUGGUUGUUUUACUUGGUUGUUGUUUUUAUAUGGCAGCUCCUUCGAUUGGGUGGGUGUGUGUGCGCGUGAGUCAGCAUAAAGACUGAUGUUAUUUUUAUGUUUGACGUAAUUUUCUAAGUUUUUUUAACUCUGUUGACGUUUUGUCUACGUAACUAACGUUUUUAACUUAUGGUUCCAGUUUGUUUUACUAUAAGUAUUGUUUUCGUUUGUUAAUCACUAAUUAAAAAACGGAAUGUGAAAGGAGACAAUAGACCUUAACAUUUACAUUUCCUAAAUCUAGUUUCAUAAAUUACAUAAAAAUAGAUUAUGUUUUUAUAUCUACUGGACCAUUGAACCUAUAGAUUUAAUCGUAAAUUAAAUUUAAUAAGUAUUAUUCAACAAAUGAUUCUUGGUGAUUGAACUCAUUCAUUGACAGCAGUUAAGUCUAUUGUAGAGUUAGCGUGUCUGUUCAUCACAUGCUGUCAUCUUCAUAUGAACUGUACUAAUUGCAUAUUAAUAUAUUAUUGCCUUAAAGUAUUGAUUUCUUAACAAAACAUUUUAUGUAUUUUUUUAACUUCCAGUUUUUUACAGUAUUUUUUUAUUCGACUUGUUGUCUAUGUUUUAACUCUGUUCAAGUGUUUUAUUAAUAUCAGUAAUUAAUUAUAUUUAUUCUAUUUUAUUGGAUAAUCUGAACGUAUAUUUUCCAAGUGUGAGAUGAUAUAAUAAUAUAUGUGAAAUACUGCCAUUACCUAGCAUAAUCAAUCUCCUAGUAGGCUAUUUUACACAAGUGACCAUUUUAGAGUGUUGGAGUGAAAUAAACAGACGCUCGCACGCACACACACCCGAGUGAUUGAAUCCUCGUGUAAAAUAAUGGAAACAGCUUAGCAUCACACAUUUUUAAGAACUGUGCGUUCGUAUGUUACAAAUUAUUAUAAGCAUCGUAAAAAGAACAUUGUCAAACUGAUUUUUAUAAUAAUAUAGUAAUAUAAUGUAAGAUCGUUGUCUAUUAGUUAGCUAUUAGAAAUUUUGAACUGACAUUUUCAUUUUAACAAUAAUAAUUCGCAACGUAGUUUUAAUGAAAUUAAUAAUUCAUUGUUGUCAGUGCUUAAGUGUUUGUGAAAGUGCUACUACUAACUACGACUCCAUCUUGUUUUUCUAAAGAGAGAUGAAAAUCAGGGGAAAAUCUCAAGGAACUGAUUUUGGAAAAUUUCAAGCGAAAUAUUGUGGACUAGAGAUUCGGCUUUUUAUGCGUUUAAUUUUGGCACGCUUUCUAUUGUGUGAUUAUGAUGAUGAUGCACAUUAUGAUUAUUAUUAAUAUAUAUAUAUAUUUAUUAUUAAUAGUAUUAGUAAUAUUAUUGUUGUUGGGUGUUGAGUAUAACGUUGUUUGAUUUGGAAACUAGAAAUUUGAAAAUUUCAAAGUUGGAAAUCUGAAAUCGAAAAUGUAAUCAAACAACAGGUUAAGGCUAUGAAAUAGGUUGGCUAUGAAAGCCUUUUCGGGAAAAUAGGGAUAUGGAUAUGUUAUUGUAUAUUUGUUUACAAUCAGUUGAUAUUGUAUCGAUAAUUGUAAAGUUUUUGUCACAAAAAGACAGAGUAGACAGUCAGAAUGCAUUCGUUUCAAAAAGAGAUAGAUCUGAAAAGCAAGUAAUAGAUUUAUGAUAUUUUCAGUGUUUUAUAUUUAAAAUAGAACUGAAUCUCUGUCUUGCAAUCUCAUUAAUUAAUAAGAUGCUAUCAAUUUAAUUUGUGAAUUCAUAUCUCAAAUCUUAUAAAUCCAAUGAAAUGAAUUGAAUAAAGGCGAUCAUUUAAGACAAUAAAAUGAAGAAAAUUGAUAAUAUAUGUACUGAUAACUUUUAUAUUGUUGAUCAUACUUAAAGUCCUUAUCACUUAUAUCACAAAAUGGUGAUGCUUAUAAUGAUAUUUAGUCUUUUGACAGUAGAAUAGAUUUGAUUUCUCCUACAUUUAUCUCAGUAAAUGAUAUUUAAAAUUUACUCUGAAUUUUCAUAUUUAUUGAGAGAAUCUAUUUAUUCACAGCUAUCAGAGGUAACUACUUACUUCUACCCAAGUAGUAUAAGCCUACUUACUACUUUUAACAUGAUUAGAAAUAUCAAGAUUAUUAAAUAGAAGCUUAUCUUAUUAUGAUACUAUCUUGAAUAAAUGAGUUAAAAACCUCAAUUAAUUUAAAACCUUAAUUAUUUUUGUUAAAACCUCAAUUAUUUUUGAUUGGAUUCUCUAACGAUCAUAUAAUCUAAUAAAUAUAAUUAUCUAUUAUUAAGAUGGAAAUUGACUCUGUUCUAUUGUGAAUAUUGUGAUUUUGAUUAUUUAUUAAAUAUUUAUGGUUAUUAACCAUAAAUAUCAUGAUCAACAUUGAUAAAAUCAGACAUUGAGAAUGCAAGGCAGACGUUCAAUGAUGAUCUUUUGAAUUAAUUUUAUCACCUAGUACAUAGAUUAACAAGUAUAAUGUCUAAUUAAACUUUUAUAUUUUUUUUGUAAUAGUAGACUUUUAGAAUAUUAGCUUACAUUCAUCACAUCUUAUCCAAACUUUUUGAGUUUUUUUUUUGUGAUUUGGUAUAAACUUGUCAAUCAUUAGUGUGUAUUGUUCAACAAGACAAUAAAACAGAAGAAUGAUUGAUGAAAAUAAAAAGUCAAUUUUUUUCAAUUUUAUAAUCUAUUUUAAUAUGUUUAUUUUUAUAAUUUGCUUGCUAUUUUUCUAUUCAGAAGUAUUUACUUUCUCUAUUUAUUAUUGAUAUCAAGUACUCGCUAUCUGCCUGUCUCUCUCUAUCUCUCACACGAUUUAGUAAACGUUCUUGUGUUAACAAUAUUUUUCAACUAUUGUCUGUAAUGAUAAAAUCUAUCUCUUCUUAUACUUUUGUAUUUUUUUAUUUUUAUAAAACUUUCAAAAAAAUUGUCAAAGAUUAAUGAUUAAUUUAUCUUUACACUAUUUAUAUUGAAUUAUGAUAAAAUAUAUUAGUACCUAUAAGCUUUUUAUAUAAAAGAAAGUCUUUUCAAGUAUAUAUAUAUAUAAUAUAUAUAUAGUUUUAUUAUUAUUGAUGUUUUGAGAAUUUUCGCGCGUUUCUAUCAUGAUACUGUAUUUUAUUGAUUAUGCAAUCAUACUGAUAUGAUAGCACAAGUGCCUUAGGAAGUAAGGCACCUUAAUGAUGUAAAAAUCGAACAAAUUUAUCCGCGGCUUAGUAUCUUUAUGAUGUAAUCAUUAAUAAUAUUGAUAAGCUGCAAAAAUUAUGUUUUGAAAACUGUCAUCAAUGAUUUUCUGUUCUUCAUACUGAAAACAUUCACACACACUCAUCAAAAUUUUUUAUUAUUCUCAUUGGUUACACUGCCAUGAAAUUCUCUCAUCAAUCACAAAUCAUCACCAUCAUGAAAAAAAUGAUAGUAAUAAAUUAGGUCACUUCAAACUGAUUGUAGCUAGCGUAGUAUUAUAGUAAAGUAUUGUAAAUUGUAAUUGGGACCGUAGUCUUUCUGAGAGGUGGAAAUUUUGUUUCGUAUUAUUAGCUUUCCCUAUCAACGAAACAAAUUUUUAUCUAUUCAAUGAUAUAUUUUCCAAUGAGAAUGAAUUACUUCAAUAGGGUAAGACAGUUGGUGAAAGUUCUGUACCGUAUUUUUGAAAUUCUGGCUAGUAAAGCUUAGAAAACACAUUUUAGAAUUUUUGAAUCUGUUUUUGCUUAUCCAUAUUUUGCAUCCCUACAUAAUUGUUGUGCUUUAAGUUCGCUUGUAAUAGUAUUAAAAACGUUUUCAAUGCAUUGAAUCAUUUAUUUGUUGUUUGUAAAUAGUGCGACAUUGACUACUUGUUAGAUUGUUUUGUGAUCUUCAUCUAAUUGUGUUCCAUUUCUAGUAGUUUAUAUCGUUAGUUUAUCCACAAAAAUUAUAACUAAUUCAUUAUUGGUUUAUUUAAUAAACCGUCAUUGCUUUUGUUACAUUCCACAUGGCUUUUCUAUGUCACAUACUUGUAGAGUCAUCCAUCAUUCACCACCCCUCGGUGUAAGAUUUUAGUUAUUUUAUUGAUUAGUACAUUUUCGAAGCUAACAAUUUUAUCAGUGUUAAUUUUGUAUUUUAACCUUGUUUGUAAUAGACAAAAUGUAAGAUAUAAUAUAUUUUUGAGAAUUUCUUUAAGAAACGUUUUAAGAAGUAUUAUUUAAAUUAGUCAAUUUUGUAAAUUUCUCUAUCAAAUUGCAUAAAGGGAAAUAAAUUUUAUUAUGGACAA